AUGUGGCCUGGUCCCGAGGGUGCGGGCAACAAUCACAAGAAAGGCUACUGCUCGGACGGCGUGAUGCAGAAGGCAAAGACCGUGGACAAGGUCCUGGGCGGCAUGACGGAAACCAUGCAGGAGCACCCCCCUGACUGGCCUCAGCCACACGGCAUCUUUUCGAAUGGUACCACUUUCCAUCCGGGCGAAUUUCUCGCCGCGAUUCGCGAGCUCUACGACUGCAUGGUGGUGAAGGGCAGCACCGGCGGGGACCGCGCGAUGGAAUACAACGCAUUCGCGGUGCUUCUAUCGAAGUGCACCAUCGUCUCCAAUGACGGUGCGGUGCUCUUCGAACUCUUCAGCUCACUCACCAUGGCAUCCGCAUCCAUGUAUGCGGGACUCAUCAUUGAGCGUGACGGCAGCAAGUACCUGCGGAUCGACUUCCUGCAUGGCGCGCCAGCAGCUGGCGGUGCUGGGGCUGGCGAGGCUAGCGGCAAUGGGAACAGUGAAGUGGCUGCUGAUGCUGGAGAGGGUACAGCCAUCGCUGUCCUCUGA